GUAAUAUAGAUAUAAACUCUGCCUUCAAAACUGGCUAUUCUUUAAUUCCCGAAUCCCCUCUCCCUUUCGCGUUUUUUCGCGUUCUUUCCACAUGCGAUCUAUCACGUUUGCUGGCUGCUGGGGGCUGUUUCUGAGGCUCAGGCGAGACGGGAUCCUUAGCUCUUCCCUCUCUCUACCUAACUUUACACAGUACUUACCUGAUUCUUUCAUCAACCCCUACGCGAACAUCUUCGUAACCUCUUUAUUCCACAACCAACAUCCUUCUCCCGAAAUACAACAACCUUCCUGACAGUGUAAACCAAAAACCCACUUUGCCUGUCAAUACACACAACCUCAUACCAUGUCUGAGGUACAAUCAAGACCAUCUGCGCCGCGAGGCAGAGGCGCUUCGCGCGGUGGCAGGGCCGGUUUUGGCUCGAGAGGCGGCGCCGGUCGUGGUGGAAGAAGUCACGCAACCAACGGCGACAGGCUAGACAGCGCAUCAGCGCCAUCAAUUGAAGGUGAUGCAGGCGUCGGUCUGUUGAAGAAGCAGUACGGUACCAAGGUCGCCACCAUCAAGGAGAUGUACCCAGACUGGACAGAUGAGGAUGUCGUGUUUGCUCUGCAAGAGACCGGAGGCGAUCUAGAGCUUGCAGUAGAGAGGAUUACUGAUGGCACGAUCACACAGUGGGGAGAGGUAUCGAAGGCCAAGAAGGACCGAUCGAAGUCCAAGGUCAAGGAGACUGCCGCGAACAUCCACACCGACUCCGGUAAUGCGCCACGCGCUGCACGAAGCGGCGCGGAUAGUGGACGCGGUGGCCGUGGACGUGGCAGCAGCGAGCGUGCUCGUGGUGGUAGAGGUCGCGGUGCGGCAACCGUCCAGACAAAUGGCACACACACAAAGCCAGCCGCUCCUCUUUCGGUUCCAACUGACCAGUCGGUUGUCUGGAACGCUUCGGCCAAGGAGGCUCCAUCGGACGAUACUAAGCCUGAGGAGUCGUGGGGAGGUGCAGCUGACAUCGCGAAGGCCGUUGUAUCGACCGUAGUCCCAGAUGGAAAGAGGACCUGGGCGAGCAUGUUCAAGGCUGAGCCCGCGCCAAAGCCAGUGGAGAAGAAGGCUCCAGUAGAGAAGGUUCCAGAGAAGGUUGCACCCGAAGCACCAGUUGAGCCUGAAGCUACCGAAGAAACACCCAAGGCUGAAGUUGCCGAACCAGUGGUUGCGGCCAAAGAGCCCGUUCAAGAGGAGGCACCAGCAGCUGAGGCUCCACCGGUCGAGGCGGAUGCUGCACUUCCACCAUCUAAGGACGAACUUACGGAGACAAACUUGGAGCAAGUCUUGGACGAGUCGGGACCUCCACCAUCUGCAACGGUUGCGAGUACCGCUGCGAGCUCAUGGGAUCCUCGCAGCGGAGCCACAAGCGGAACACCAUACUCGGGUCUCCAGGGACAACCCGCUGCUGCACGCCCGACAACCAGUGGCUUUGCGGCUUCGGCUAUGAAGGCUACCGGCCCAGCACCACGCGUUGCAAGCUACCAGCGUCGCGUUCUCGACCAGGAAGAAGCCGUCCGUAUGCCAGGCAACCGCGAGGUUGACCGUGCUGCGGUUCAAUUCGGCGCUUUCAGCUUGGGAGGUGCAGGCGAGGAAGAUGUUGAUGGCGACCGUGAGGAGCCAGAGACACGUGCCCAGCCUCCCCAGCACUCCCCAAUUGCCCACCCAAGGGCUUCUCUGCCACCGGCACCCGCACAGGCGGCCGCCGAGGGCCUUCCUACCGCAAAGGAACCCCAAGGCCUCCCUUCUGCACCACACCCAGUUGCCGCCCCUGGUCUCCCUACGCCCCUCCCGGGCGCACAGUCCAUGUCUCAGCAGGGCUCCCAAGGUGGCCAAUACUCGCAGUAUGGCCGUUACGGGCAACCUGCCGGACAGGAGCAAUCCGCCUUUGGCCAGAAGCCAUACGACCCAUUCAGCCAGCAAGCCCCAGCCACUGCAAGCCAGUACGAAGGCUACCCCAACCAGCCAAACCAGGCACAAACCCAGGCCCAGGCUGGUGCCUUCUCAUCUGCCCCUAGCGAAUACUCGCAAUAUUACACCGCAGACCAGCAACGCCAUGCGUAUCAAAACUACUACGGCCAGCAGUACGGCCAGCAGCAGAGUGCCCAGACCCAGGAAGGUCCAUCCACUCAGCAGCGCGCUUUCAGCGGAUACAACGCCCCGCCAACCGACACCGCCUCUCCUUUCCCCCAAUCUUCUGCCCAGCAGACACAGUCCAGAUACGCCACGGCUGGUGAGGCCCAGACCAGCGGACACACUACCCCCAACCCAGUCGCGCAGGCCCAGCAGGCUGCUCAGACUACUCAAGCUCAGCAAGCUCAUCCUUCCCAGCCGCAGGGACAGCCAGGUGCUCAGUACCCAUAUGGAAACCCAUACUACUCCAGCCCCUAUUACGCUGCGUACAUGACCAACUACCAGCAAGGCUACGGUCAGGGUAGCUACGGUGCUGGCCCAUACGGCGGAAAGGGUGGCAUGUACAACCAGCCCCACCAGUAUGGCAUGUCUCCUCAGGCCCCGUACGACCACGCGUCGUCUCCUGCCGCUGCCGGAGCCUUCUCCCAGUCAUCGCUUCACGGCCGUGAGAGCGCUGUCGGAGGUGGACUUAACGAAUAUGGCCGUGGUGGCUCCCAGCAGUCCCAGGCAGCCCAGCCCCUCGGGGCCAGCGGCGGCUUUGAUGCCUUCGGAAGAAACUCCUCUUACCAGGGCCAGGGUCAGCAAUACGGACAGGGCAGCCAGCAGGGCGCCGGUGACGACCUGAAGUCGUUCGGAGAUGCGAAGUCGGCCAAUGGUCCCGCUCCUUCGACCGCGCAGGCCGCUCGCCCCGGAUCAGCAGCAAACACUGCACCGGGCCAGUCCACUCUGCCACCCCCGCAGUCCUCGCAGCAGAGCUACGGUGGAUACCCUAGCCACUUGCAGCAGCAGCAGCACACCGCUCACGGCGCCCAGACCGGCAGCCAGUACGGUGCUCUUGGUGGGCUCGGCGCUCACCAGGCUGCAGGCCAGGGCCACCAGAGCAGCCAGUACGGCGGCGCCGGCGGCUACGGCCAGGGCCAAGGCUUCACCGGUAGCUACUACGGCAACAACCAGCAGCAGCGCGGCGGCUGGGGCAACAACUACCAACAUUAGGUGACCAUCACCUACCUUCGAUCUAGGAAGCCAUUGAAUAUUUCAGGCGCGGCUUCCAACGCAACACAUUUGCGUUGGAACCCGUGUUCCUGAUUUCAACGGCCCACUCCAGAUCUGUGUGUAUUACCAUCAAUGUUAUCUGUUUUCCGCCUUUUUUCCAAAGAAGUUAUUUUGUUCCCCAAUCGUUCCGGGUUUUUAUCGCAAUAAAGGGGACGUACCCCAAACCACCUCCGCUUUUUGUUUUCCAACGUCGCGCGCGCGCACGCGCAAGAAAGGACGCACAGCCUACGAAGCAAACCAUCCAAAAAUCUGUAAUUUUGUCACUACUAGUACCAACGUCCAUCACAAAAUUGCCAGCUCCCAGAAGGAACUUCCCCUCCAUCAGGAGAAUUUGUUUUCUUUGAAGAUAAUUUGCGCUGGAACCUCUUCUGCUUCGCUCCAGUCCCGCCCGGUUCGGCUCCCGCCUGAAAAGGAAUCUUUCGCGCUCGCUCUUCCUCCCGCCCUCCCUCCUCUAGGGACCUCGAUUUUUUGCUCCUCCCCGCACGGGUUUUGCGGUUUUUUUCGACUUCUUCUUCGGAUGUUAUUUUGCUCUCGCGCACUUUGUCCUUCAGACAACGAAAUUUGUGUCUCGCGCACACCGGUAAUUUUGUUUCGCUGGAUGCUGGAUGGGAAUUCCGGGAAAGGGAAGGGAAGGGGGGGGGAGGCGGUUAAAAUCUGCGUUUUGCUUUUGGGGAAAGGGCAGGGGCAAUGGCGGGAGGAGAGACCAUAGUUUUUUUCUGUGGUUUUUGGGGG